CAAAUUUCCCUUUUUUCGCCGCUGACCUGACCAACACAAUGAGACCGUUGAGGUAGUUGUUCGCGGGCUUGCCAGCCGUUUCUGAUACGCUUGAGAACUCGGUCGUUUUCGAAUUCGAGCAAUUGUGCCAACUGAAACAACCAGCUUCCCUAGCAUCAUUCAUUUUCUCUGGUUGUCCUCAAAGGCGCAAAUAUUUUUUUUCAUAGGCUCCGACAAUUGUGUUACCGCGAUUAGAACGGAUCUUGAGCCUCUCUGAUGGAGGCCGCACAAACGGCGACGCCCGAAAAUUUGUCGGAAGCCAGCCUUUUCGAUGACAAAAGUACCGAAAGUUUCAGCAAGGAAGAUGAGAAAGGGAAGGAUGAUGGGCUUGUGAUCGAAGAGGUUGAGGAGGACAGCAACAAUGUCGACACGAGUGCGGAACACAUCCAUCCUGACCAUUACGAAGAAGUGGAAGAAGUCAUUCCUUCCGCGGAUGAAUCAGUCAGAUCUGUCGUGGACAACAAUGGUAUAGUGGGUGGAUUGCGAAAAUUAAGCUGCGAUGAUGACACUGAGAGUCAAAGCGAGCAAGAACGUCGAGAUCACAGACGAAGAAAGCGAGGAAAUACGGGACUUUUCAAAAGGUCGCAUAGUCAGAGCGUUGGAAGCAGCGCUGAUGUUGAUGUGGAUGCACUUGAUGAUCAUGACGUUCGAUGGAGCGCUCGGAGACUUCGACGACGGGUUCGCGGCCCGGAUGAGCGAGUAAUGAUGAGCUUUGAAGGCAUUGCAACGCCAAUCAUGGGCGAGGUCGAAGAGCCUGCAAGUGAAAGUUCAAAAAGCAGAAGACGAAGCCUUAACAGUUCCAGCUCAGACCGGAGCAGUCCGGCAUUGUCCGGCGCCGAGUGCGCUAUGGAACUUGACAGUGGAAGCUGAUCAGCACUGGAUCUCGCAAGUCUACGCUAUCCACCCGCAUACCCUCUGCUGAGCAUGCUUCGUAACUCAACGUGGAAUCCGAAAGUACCGAAAGUAUGGGGUUCUGCCGGAAUCUCAAAGCACAGACAUGCAACCACGGAAAAUAAGACCGUUCCCUCCUCCGGCGAACCACUUCGUCAAGGGGCGGCUCUAUGCAAGAAACU